AUGGCAAACUCUACUAUCCACUUCCAAGCUUCCCUCUUUCCUCACUAUACUGAUUUUCUGGCCCACGUCACAGGGCAGAUCAGAGACUCCCAGUGCAAUCUCUUCCUAGUAUACAAGGGUAUACAAAACACUUGGAUACAAGAUGCCUGGGAUUACAUCGAGGAUAACCAUGAAGGCAGAGCCGUGAGUUCUGCUUGGCGUGAAAACGGAUUGAUAACACCCGAAGACUUUCGUGAGCUUCACACGUACGCAGGAACAACUCUGGAUUUCAAUCAGGGGCCAUAUAGGGGAUCAAAGAAGGAUCCUGAUCUUUUCACGCUCCCGACGACCUGCCUGUUCCCUUGCCUGGCUAUGGAAAGCGGGUGGUCAGAGGAUCUCACAGAAAUGGAGAACGAUGUGGACAUGUUCGAUAAUUACCACGUUAGUGGGGUUGUCAAGGUCUAUAAACUGGACGAGAAUGGUAUGCCAGUACACGAGGGACCAGAUCAGGUGAUUUUUCCGAAACCUGCGGAUAGCCAAAACCAGGUUAUUGGUGUCGCGCGAGGCGACAUCGUUGGGCGGACCCGGUUCCAGGAUCGUAACCCUUUUGACACCUUGGAGUAUCCUUUGGAUAUUCUGCGAGAAAUUGCCACUAUUGCGUUGGAUCGUAUGGGACUUGUGCCAGCUUGA